GUUGGACCGGGACCGCUCUAAAUUGGCUGGAGAGGGGGCCCCGUCGGCGGCGAAGUUGCUAGCUGGGGGCAGAGACGGCCACGCGGUUGCAGGAGUAAGACAUCCCCCUUUCGUGGAAUUGGCCAACGGCUCCUUUCAACCCUGCCUCGUUGGUGGCCACUGGAGAAGCGCGGGGGGCUCCCCAGACAGCCGUGGGGACAAGUUAGAGCCAGCACUUUACCCCAGGCCUCGCGUGUAGCUUUCCCUCCCCUGUUCUAGGUGCCCCAGUGUCCAGAGGGGGGUGCGGGUGUGCCCUCCUUAAUGUUCCACCGCCCGGGCAACCCUUCGGUCUCGUGUUCCAUCUCGCUCUUGCUUCCUGUACCUUAGUCAAGUGGAGCCACUUUGCAUCAUGUCCCGGUAUAGCUACCAAAGUCUCCUGGACUGGCUCUAUGGGGGUGUCGACCCCAGUUUUGCAGGCAAUGGGGGCCCCGACUGUGCUGCCUUCCUGUCUUGGCAGCAGCGGCUGCUGGAAAGUGUGGUGGUCCUGACCCUGGCCCUGUUGGAGAUCCUGGUGGCCCUUCGGCACAUCCUGAGGCAGACGGAGGACGGUAGGGGUGGCCGUGGCAGCCAGCCACAGCAGGUGACCCAGCGGCCAGAGGAAGGCAAGGAGAGCCUGAGCAAGAAUCUGCUCUUAGUAGCCCUGUGCCUGAUCUUCGGGGUGGAGGUGGGCUUUAAGUUCGCCACCAAGACCGUCAUCUACCUGCUCAACCCUUGUCACCUGGUCACCAUGAUGCAUAUCUUCCUCCUGGCCUGCCCUCCAUGUCCGGGAGCUAUCGUCAUCUUCAAGUUACAGAUGCACAUGUUGAAUGGAGCUCUUCUGGCAUUGCUGUUUCCUGUGGUAAAUACUCGGCUGCUCCCCUUUGAACUGGAGAUUUACUACAUCCAGCAUGUUAUGCUCUACGUGGUCCCCAUAUACCUGCUCUGGAAAGGAGGUGCUUACACCCCAGAGCCCCUCAGCAGUUUCCGGUGGGCUCUUCUCUCCACGGGCCUCAUGUUCUUUUACCACUUCAGCAUCCUGCAGAUCCUCGGCCUGGUCACCGAAGUGAAUUUGAACAACAUGCUGUGUCCGGCCAUCUCAGACCCAUUCUACGGCCCCUGGUAUCGCAUCUGGGCCUCGGGACACCAGACUCUCAUGACCAUGACCCACGGGAAGCUGGUCAUCCUGUUCUCAUACAUGGCUGGGCCCUUGUGUAAAUAUCUGCUGGAUUUGCUCCGGCUUCCAGCCAAGAAAAUAGACUGAAGGUGCUUGGAUUUUUGUUUGUUUAAUUUUGUUUGUUUUUUGUUUUUGUUUUUUUGUUUUGGUUUGUUUCUCCCUGAGGAAGCAAGUCCUGACUUGGCUCAGAGAACACCCAGUUCUUGACAAAAUCAUUGGCGAGGGCAAUAGGAUGCUUGGUGUAUUUACUUUUUUCCUCCUCUCUGUCCCUUUCUUCCACUGCUCUUCCCUCCCCAGCUCGUCCCCACGGAUGACUCCUCAUGGCCGGGCAUAGUGCUGGGGGCUGGCACUUACUCCCUUUCAUCCCCUGGUCUCUUGGUCCCUCUUGCGCCCCACUCCCUCUGCGUGGCCUUCCGCAGGGAAAUGGUAGUCAGCAGGGGCCCUCUCACGGCUUGUUGGUGCUUUUAACAACAGCUAGUUGAAGAAGCUGGGAACAACACGCAGUCGUUAGUUCUUCCAGUAUCCCAGCAAUGAAGUAGUGUUGGGUUCAUUUCUCCACUGCCAGGGACCUCCAGGCUCAUGCUGAGAUCCCCUUUUAUCUCCAGCAUAGCCCCCACCAGAAGGGGACCAAGGCUUCAUUUCUAUACCAGCUGCAAGCCCAGAGCCAAGGGACUUCCCAGAUCACAGCCAAAAUAGAUUCUUCCACUGACAGGUGUCCCAUGACUCAAAGCUCCUUCUAGGGUGCUGCCUGUGGUGGAAGGUGAUAGCAAUGUGCAGCCCAAGGGCAUGAUUCUGGAGAGGGCUGUGGGAGAUCUGUUGCCACAGUGAGUCUAAAGUAAAGAGGGUGAAGGUAUGCACAGUACCAGGCAGGACACUCCCUCCUUGUCCCAAAACAAAAACCAACCAACCAACCAACCAACCAACCCUCCCCUGCAAAAGCUGAGAACAGAUCCACACUCCAAUCUGAAGUGAGCAUAGAAAUUAAGAAAUGAACUAAGUCGAGGGGCAAGUUGAGAAAGCUGUGAUCUGAGUCGCACAGUGUCAUGCUGGUCAUAGGCAACAUUCUACUCUCAGCUGCCCCCUUGAACCAUCCUCAUUGUCUCUGUUUGUGUCUAUCUGUGUCUCUUUGUCUGAGGCCGCUUCAUGGAAGAGGCAGCUGGGGUUGGGCUUGGGUGCUGUUUGGCUGUUUGUAUUUUAGAUGUUUGAAAUGGGGUAAAACCCUUGCAUUUCGGGAAGGUACUCUAGAGACAUUCCUGGUACUUAGAGGGCAUGGACACAGCUCUAUUUCUUUCACGUAGCUAGACUCUGCUCCAAGUGUUCAGUGUGGGGAAACAUCACUGGUUGUGCAGUUUGACAACGUCCAAAGCCCAGGUGUAGGUUGAAAGGGAACUGCCAGUGGGUCCGGUCCCCAUAGGUACAGGUUCAAGUGUUCUGAAGGGAAGAGCUUUGGUUGAAAGGUACUGAGUCCUGUGUGGACCACAAAGUGGGCCGGCCAGUGGCUGCACAUUUACUGACUCCUUGUUGACUUCUAGGAGGAGAUUUGCAUAAGAAUAGAAAAGUCUGUACCUCGACCACCCUGUUGCCCUGUUCUUGUUGCAGUAUUCAAUGUGAGUUUGUGAGUAUUAGGCCUAGCCUGGCCUUCAGUGACUCAGCGGCCAUGAUUUUAUGAAAUGGACUUGCAGGGGAAGCAGCAGCAGGAGAAUCUGCUGGAGUAAAUGGAAGCUAAGGGAAGCAUCUCUGGGGGCGGCUAUUUGCCCAUGAGGUGAUGGACUCUGAGGUACAGAGAGCAGGAAAGAGAGAGCUCUUAGUGCGCUUGCCCCCCUUGAGCUCCUGUCGGGGCUCUUCCUUCCACCUUGCUGGGCUCUAGAAGCUUCUUCAGUUGCUGAUCUGCCACACACACACCCCACACUCAGAGAAGUCAAUGGAUAAAUAGAAUAUGAGAGCCUCCCUGGCCCUGGGCCUCUCUCUAAAAGGAGAAUGUCGAAAGAGGUCAUGGGAGGGAAGCCUAUGAGGCCUGCCUUGGCCUCUGCUACAACAUGCAGCUGCUUCCUGCAGUGAUGUAGGGCCUCCGCUGAGGGAGCCAACUCCAGAAUGCCACAGAGGUGGGAGGGCCACACAGGCUUCUUCCCCAUCUGAGGCACUGUGGCCCAGAUUGCCAGGCAUCUUGGGCUUUCCCUGCAUUGGCAUGCCUCCAGUAGCUUGCCUCUGCUUUGGCACCAGCUCAGCAGACCCAUUUCUGGUAGGCAUUUUCUGGUGCUCAGAGGGAGAGAAGAGAUUCCAAGCCAUGUUGUCUGGCUUGGCCAGGCCAGAGUCAGACACACCUGUCAAGAAGGGGGAGGUAAAGGGGAGAAUGCAGGGGGCCUAGGUUUGCUCAUAUGUAAAGAAGUUAAAGAAGCCAAUGAUAGCUCCUUCAACAGACUCCGUAGGGAGUCUUGGCCUGGGUUUGAGGUGUUGGGGAACAGGGGACCUCUUCAUUGUAUCUCACUCUCACCCUGGUCCAAACCCACAUUGAAAGAGGUAACCUGCCUAAGCACUAAGCACUUUGACUUGGGAGUUGCCUCCCAGGUAUGUCCAACAGCCUGCCUGGCAGUAGAGACUAUCUGUGGUACCAGGGACAAAGGAGAAGACAGUUUGCACUGCCUCUGAAGGGUCAGGCCUUUCUUGUCCCUGUGAAGGCUGUUCCUUAGCUACCUUGGCAAAAGUUCCGUGUGCAGUCUUCCAGCAUGUGUGAGCUCUGUGUCUGUGUGGGAGUGCCCAUAGAGGCGGCCAGUUUCUUUGUGAUAGUCCCAGCAAGAGAGAGCGAACAGUGCAUCCUCAAGUCCUUGACGUCUGUGGUCAAGGAGCUGUGCCAACAAGAACAGUUGGCUACACUGGACAAUUUGUGGCAGCCACUCUGAGUGACUAGAGGUUGUCUUGCUUCCUUAAAGGUCCUUCCCGUCCCCCCCCCCCGCCCAUCCCCCCCCCCCCCCCCCCCCCCCCCGCCAGUAUUUGGUUUUGUAUAAGACUUGGCCCAACAUUCUCUCAGAAGCCUAGCAGCAAGUACUUCUGUCAUCCUGUGAUGCACUGUGGGGGUCGGGAGCCACCACCUCCACCUCUCUUAAGUCUGCCUUCUGUCUGUCUGUGGACUUCUUUGUAACUGUGGCUUUACAGGGUCCAAGUGGGCUACGCGGGCUCGGCCAUGCUCUUAGUGCCUGUCAGAUCGUUCCUUUGGCUGUGGCCCCUGGUGGGGCUUUGCUAUGUGUGAUCCUGGAAGACUCAGUGUUUUGUGAUGUAAUUACAAGCUUCACAGAUAGCUCCCUGUCAGCAGGGCUCUACAUAGAGGAACUGGGGUUAGGUAAUGCUCUGAGUUGUGUUGAGCUGGGUGGUCAGGAGAUACCAAGGGCCCUUUGAACCCUCCUGCUGCCAAAUAGACUUCCCUGGGAUUCUGUCACCUGCCUUGUCUGGGAGAGGAGGUUCUUAACAGUUUCUACUGGAAGGAAGACUUGUGGGGAGGGAAAGGGGGCCUUCUGACACGGUAGGACCAGACACUGCUGCUGGUUUUAGUGAGCCAGGACUGGGCCUCACAGGCAACCUGGGAAGGCCGAAGUCUGGGGAAAAAAAAGUGUCCUGAGUCUUCUCCUGGCCUUGCCCUCUCUGAGGUAGGAGUCCACGAGGAGAGUCAGUCUCCCUCUCACGUAUGCAACCACAGGAAGACCAAGGUAUUUGUCGCGGCUCUUGUCUGACACACUUUUGCCCACUGAAAAAUCAAAAGCAAAAGUCGUCUUAAGCAGAAAUAAUGUUUUGGAAACUCUUGAUUUAUUUUAGUGUCAAUAUUAUAUUAGAUUUUAAAGCAUUCUUCAUUUAUUUGAUGCAAUUGUAGUGAAGAGAACAGAAUUGAAUGAUGUACAAUUAUUUCUUCUGGGACAUUGGUGAACGCCUCUUCCUCCAUCCUUCUUCUCAUGCUGAGACUGCCAUGUCCUGUCACUCUCAUGUGCAAGGCUCCCUUGAGAGCCAAUCUCUGAACUCCCUAGAUGGCAGCAAGAUCAAGCCUCUUUGUUAGGCUGCUUCUGGGGUGUUCUUUACUCCCCCACCUCCAGUCUACCUCCCCUCUUUGGGGGUUUUUGUAAUGUGUUUUCUCUGUUUUGUAAAAUCCCUUUGAUUGUACUGAAGUGGUUUCUGCAGCCACCUUUGGAAAUAAAUGGUCCUUAAUUUGUGUACUUAGCAUUUUGAAUCUUAGCCUCAGGUGUUUCUGCUGUUGAAGAUCCCUGAAUGAAAAGGAACCCACCCCAUGGGACUUAUUGUUAUAAUGUUUUCUUCAUUUACUGUUAUUAAAAGAUUUAUGAGAA